GCAGACUUGCAAAGUAAUAGGAAUAAACAAGCAUGAGUGGCUUAUCGAAAGCACUUGUUGGGUCUGCACAAUUGGACAAGGACCUUGACGCUCUAUUUGGGAAGGCCGCUGUACCUUCAAACUCUAGCAUAUUGUCACAACCCGCAACCAAUGCGACUUUAAGUAAGCGGAAGAAGGAUAAUGAGGAUCUGUCCAAGAAAAAGAAGGCAAAGAAGGAGGCGAAGAAUGAACAUGUUAACGGAGAUCCACAACAAAAAGCGGGCAGGGGAAAGCUUCAGAAGAAAGAGCAGGAUGUGGUAGAGAAGGGGAAAGGGAACAAAACAUCAAAGCGGGAGGAAAGCGCUUCCGGUACGAGGAAGCAGAAAAAGUCACAAAAGGUCGCCGCUGAACCAACUGAAACGGAGAUCAAACCAACCGAAAAGACAGAAAGUAAGAAGACUGGAGGCAAGAAAUCUGCAAAGCAGGAAGUAAAGGGAUCUGUAGAAGCUCAGGAUGGUGCUAAAGUUAGUGCCGACAAAGACACUGAAGAUCCUACGGAGUCAUUGGAUGGAGAUGUUGAAUCUGAAUCUGAGAGUGGUGAGGAUCAAGAUGACGUGGAAGAUGACAAGGAGACAAAUCCGACAGGAAAGACAAGACGUCAAGUAAAGGCAGAGAAACUCGAGAAGGAGGAACGAACGAUAUUUGUCGGUAAUCUGCCACUGUCAGUAACUGAGAAGGCGGGAGUCAAAGAGCUGAAGAAACUGUUUUCCCAAUACGGCAACCUUAAGAGCAUCCGAUUCCGCUCAAUAGCACGACUGGAAAACAUGCCUCGUAAAGCGGCAUUCAUUACCAAAAACUUUCACCCCGGUCGAGAUACUCUGAACGCCUACAUUGUGUACGGAGAAAAGGAGUCCGUUGAGAAAGCAUUGGUUGAAAAUGGAAAGUUAUUCAUGGGAAAGCAUAUACGGGUGGAUAGGUCGGUAAAGGAUAACAAGCACGAUGUAAAACGUUCCGUGUUCGUUGGAGCAUUACCGUUUGAUAUCAACGAGGAGGCGGUUAGGGCGCACUUUAGCCAAUGUGGCGACAUUGAAUAUGUUCGCUUGAUUCGUGACAAAACAACAAACGUUGGCAAGGGCAUCGGAUAUGUUCAAUUCGCAGAUAGAGCCGCUGUGGGUCUGGCCAUGAAGCUUCAUCAAUCUGAACUGGAGGGACGAAAAAUUCGAGUAAACCGGUGCAAGGAUGUAUCACCAGAGGCGAAAAAGAAGAGAUUAAUUGCGACGGAGGGCACUCGGGCAAAGAAGGGUGCGGCGACGGGAGCGGGCAAAAUUCGGUCAAGACCGAACAAGGCGAAGGCGGCAACAAAGGGGAAACCUUACACAAAGCCGAAGCGCAGUGUAGCCAAAAAGUAGCGGGGUUGCAGCUCUCCGUCAGGAGACGGGAUGGUAUCGACAUGCGUAUGGACCAUUGCAAAUAUUUACAUGUAUUUAACAAUAAUUACAAACAUGAUAUCCAUGUCACAUCUC